CCUUAAACCCCGACUAGCUAAUCAGUUCAGACUGUGCGUGAUCUAGGAUCGGUUCUUUCCGCGCAUUUCUCUGUUCUAUUGUGGAGGGAAAAAUGAAGCUGACUCACUUAUUGAUUUUUGCGGUUGUGAUCCUUUCUGGAUCAUUUUCGCGAGCUGAAAAUCCAACCUCUCUGGAAGAACUCGAGGAACAGGAAGAUUCGAGCGAGACCAAAUCUGUGCCUGCAUUCGUGCGCAGUAAAUUCAACUUGCGCAUUUGGUCCACAACUGAGGCCUCCAAAAAUGCCGAAAACAAAACCGAAUCGUCGACGACCUUGGAGACCGCUUCAUCAACGCCUGCUUCGACGACAACCACAAGCAUUAGGCCGAAGCGAACCAGAACAACUACCAAGGCAACAGCGACGAUUACAACAUCACCGACGACCGAAUUGAGCACGAAAGAAGGUGACACAACAAGUGAGCCGCCGGCCACCGAAGUUUUCACCGAAUCCACUACAACAGCGAAACCUAAACAGAAGAAACAACAACAAGCACCAGGUUGUGGCGAAAUGAACGGGGAUGAUGUACCGUGGAUUGCAAUUCUGGAGCACACGGACCCCAAGGGAGGCAAUCGUAAAAAGACGCUCAGCAAAGGGGUGUUGAUCGACGAUCGGCACGUACUGACAACAAUAUCCAGCAUCCACAACUCGUAUCCAUUUUGGAUAGUUACGAGCAUUCGAUUAGGAGACAGUCCAACCUGGGCAUCGACUCCCGGAGGAAAGGAAACGGCCUUGCGUAAGAAGAAUGUCGUUUCGAUUCCGGUCAAGAACGUUUUUCUUCAUGAACGCAAAGACAUUGCGGUGAUACGGUUGGCGGAACGUGUAAACAUUACAACACCAACGAUUCGACCUAUCUGUCUACCAAUGAGCGAUCGGUUCAACUACACAGAACUCCAUUUCCACAUAUGUCGAAAGGAGAAGGCCGACUUCGGGAGGAUGAGUUCCCGGAGCAAGUUGGUUGCGGUGACUACCCUUACGCAAAAGGAUUGUCAGAUUCUGUUCCGGAGGCAUAACGCCGAUGUUGGAUUGAAGGAGUUCUGUGCCUGGGAUGAGACCGGGGAUAAUUGUACCGGAGAUUUGGGUGGACCCCUGAUGGUUAAGCUGAAUGGGAGGUAUCAUGUCGUAGGAUUGAAUUCUUACGCGUUGGCAAAGGCCAAAAUCGACAGCGAAGGCCUGCCGGGAGUGUACGUUCGAGUGGGUUCCUACCUCAAAUGGAUCCAGGCGGUGCUCAAGACUGAAUUUGAAGAUUCACUAUGAUUGAUGUGUACCCACAUCAUUGUUGAGCAGAUCAACGUUCAAAAGUCAUGUGAAGCUGUCGCAUGGCAAAUUACAUUCGCAUUAGAAUUUUCAGCAUAGUUACGAGAAGUGCAAUAUCAA